UCAGUUCGGGCUCACUGGGCCUCUCUUUCCGGUGUGAACAGCUGACAUCUGCCUGGUGAAGCUGGUCUCUUGUCACAGCUGCCAGAAGCCCCAGGCUCGGCCACACAGGGAUACCCAGCCGCGACCCGGCCCACCCUCCCCACGGCCCAGCGCAGGAGCCGGCCACCGCACCCCUGAGGCCCCAGGUGUCUCCAGCAGCUGCUGGCAGCAUGGCCGAGGCAUCUGCAGACCCUGGUGAGACAGACCUCGAGCAGAAGAUCCUCCAGGUGUUGAGGGAGGACGGAUCCCCAGUGAAGACUGCGAAGCUGGUGAAGGAAUGCCAAGUGCCCAAGAAGAAACUCAACCAAGUUCUCUACCGGAUGAAGGAAGAGUCCCGAGUGGCCCUCGCUGGCACUGCCACAUGGCAGCUGGGCGGGCCUGGGACUGGAGAGCUGGUCUGCACAGAGCUGGCUCCGGCCUGCAGUGCGGAGAAGCCCCAGCAGCCCCCGGUUGCAGCUCCACUGAAACUCAGCUGUCAGCUCAGUGAACGGCAGGAACAGAUCUACAGGUUUCUGGAAGCCAAUGGGCCCUCGAGGGCCCUGAUCAUCGCCCAGUCCCUGGGGCUGAAGACGGCAAAAGAAGUCAACCCAGACUUGUACGCCCUACGAAACAAGCACUUUCUGAACUAUGACCAGAACUCAAACGCAUGGGCAGUUUAUAAGCCAGAAGAUUCUAGGGAAAGAAGUCAGGCCACCAAUAUCAUUUACCAGCAAAAUCCAAUCAACAUGAUCUGUCAGAACGGACCGAACAGCCACAUUUCCAUCGAGAACUCCGAAGCUGUCCAGAUCGGUCACGGGAACAGCAUAGUGAGACAAACAGCCCAUGGGGACAACAGCUCCAUGGCGCCCCUCUGCCUCCCUCCACCAGCACCAGCUGAUCCCUCAACUCAGGACCCCUUGGCUGCAUCCUGGGGCUCCCAGGACAUCCACUUAGAGAAGUCUGUCCUCAGACGGGUGCAGCUGGGACACGGCAAUGAGAUGAGCCUUCCCGAUGCGCUGGCCACACGCCCCGACCGCGGCCCUUCCGUCAACAGCUUCUCUGUCAGCCCCCCAGGUGAGCACCCAGCCAGGCUCCUCACUGGAUGGAAGGACCCUCAGCUCACAUUCGCAGGCAGAGAGAGUGCAGAGGUGCCUGGGAGGUGCCUGGGAGGCUUGAAGGCCGGGCUGGGGGGUCUUCCUCUGGGCCCUGCCCAGCUGUUCACAUCCCACCCGGCCUCUCUUGUCCACGGACCCACAGUCUCUGCCACCACUGCUGACCCAGAAGCUUCGUUCGAAAUUCGAAUGCCCACACUGGAACCUCAGACCGAGGGGGACGGGGACAUGACCCAGAGGGUCCUCAUGAAGUCCUGCCUCCUGGAGGACGCCACCAUCGGCAACAGCAACAGGAUGCGCGUCGGCCGGGGAGAGGCUGGCCCAGGAGGAGGGGCAGGGCUGGAGGACAGCAGCUGGGACUCCAGGGAGCCGGCUGGGGAGCCGGCAGACGGUAAAGCUCCUCAGUCCGAAGCUGCAGAGCCCAGCAGCAAGAUCCCUCAGGAGGGUCGUCAGGCUGGCUCCAACAUGGCCACCAUCACUGCCCACCUGGAAGCUCUGACUCUUGAAAGCAGGGGCCCAGAUGCCACAGAAGAUGGCCCCUUGGACUGACCCAGCAUGGGGUCCUGGGGGAGGUGAGGCCAGGACAAAGGGUCUGAGGGUGGACAUACUUCGAACAGAGGUGGGUGGGAACUGGUGGAGCCCGUGAGCCCUUGCACCAUACCGUGGGUCGUGUCCUAUAAACGUCAUUGUUGACCUUCUUGCCUCCUGACCUGCGGCCACCAUGAGUCAGCCCGUGGGCUGGGCCAAAGCUGGGUCUGUGGUGGCCAGGAGCAGAGUGACAGGGCGACCCCCAGGACCCUUGGGGUGCCGAGAGGAGGUGGGCUGAUGGGAGGGUUGCUCGGGCAGCCCGCAGGGCCCAGGCCGAACUGAGGAAGUGAUUUUCCCAAACCACCAUGAUCUGCUCACAAAGGCUCUUCUCUUUCCUCAUCCCAGCUUCCCCACGGGUCUCAGGUGAGCACAAACAGGGCUCCUCACCUGUGAGAAUUCAGCAAACAGAUGACAUUAGAGACUGAGAGCAGGAGAAGGAAUCUAGGGAGUAAUUCAAGGGUGUGUGUGCUGUGAGUGGCUGAAACUUGGAUCACCCAGGCUUGGAAAACGGACUCUAUUCUCUCAUGCAAUUGGAAAACCAAGGGAUGCCUUGCUUGAUUCGGGUAUCCCUUGAUUUGGCUGGAUCCCGGGGCUCACGCGUUAUUUUUAAGCCCCAUUCUCUCCAUCCUUCUGAUUCCUCCCUCUCUCUGUGGCCACCAGCCACCCAAAGCUGUGGCCUGCCGACUUGGCAACCAAGCAGAAAGAGAAUACUCCCAAGCAAACACUGCUGCGGAUGUGGCCCAGGGAGAAUUCCGAUUGGUCGAGCAUGCGUCACAUGCUGAUCCUGGAACCAAUCAGCGAGAGUGGAGUCCUCCGGUCGACUGCGCGCGUGGUUCGAAAGUGAGGUCAUCCGCCCGCCUGUUCCCCAGGAAGGAGAAGGAAGGGUGCCGAUGGGCAAAUGUCAGGUGUCCACUUCGGGAAGGGCUGUGGGCAUGUUUUCCCAGGAUUCUCCAAGCUCCAACGGGCUUUCCUUAUUGAAAGAAAGAGAAAGCACUUCAUUGGCAGGACAGACAUGGAGCUGAGUCACGCUGUGUAUUUGUGUCCACACCGUCACUUAGCCCUCUCUCUGCAUCUGUCCCUCUUCUGCCUCUUUCACCCCGUGUUUGGGGGACCAGGUGCAGUUGGUGGGCACAGGCAGCUGUAAAUUAGGGGUGUGCAUGGUGGGCAGGGACGGGGUCAUUAGUAGCCUGUAAUCACAGAAAAACCCUACUCAGAUUGGAUUUUAUUUUAAAAGAUAUUUGAAAAAAGCUUCCAGCCCUGGCUGGUGUAGCUCAGUGGAUUGAGCACGGGCCUGCGAACCAAAAAAUCGCGGUUCGAUUCCCAGUCAGGGCACAUGCCUGGGUUGCAGACCAGUUCCUUGCAGACCAAUUCCCAGCAGGGGACGCAUGAAAGGCAACCAUACAUUGAUGUUUCUGUCCCUCUCUUCUUCCC